AUGCAAAACGGGGUCCGGACUGCUCCGACCAGUCUCCUCGCGGCUGAACACUUCACACAGGCUCGGGAGGCCGCCUCGAAUUCCUCUGACUCGAAGGAGGCCACGCCCAUUCCCGAAAGUCAGAAGGCCCCUGAACAACUCUUCAUUGCCUUCGAGGACCCACAAUCAGAGGUGAGCUUGCGUCCAGAGCAUCGUUGCCACUUUGCAGUUUUAGUCAAGACGUGA